UGACCUAGUGGUAUGGGACGAAGUUCGCGCUUUACCCAAACUUGAUGGGUUGGCGCGUUUACGUUAAACCCUUGUUUGUUAUCUUAUAUGCUUUGCUGAUAUGUUGUACGCUUCCUUUUUUGAUCUUGAAGCUGUAUGAAAAAUCAGCUCCAGCAAUAGUUAGUGCUUGGUUUGUUGCUGGUCUUUUCGUUCUUGGAGCAAUACCUAUAUCACUCUGGACCAUUAUCGAACAUGUGAUUAAUUAUACCAAACCGUUCCUGCAAAGACACAUCAUCAGGUUGGAUUAUUUUUCGAAUAAACUUACCUUAGGAUCUUAUGGAUGGUCCCGAUAUACGCUAUAGAUGCGGUAAAUGGCAUGCAUAUUAUUAUUUGACCAUUGUCACUACAGUGGAUGGCGCUUAUUUUUCCAAAGUUUGCAAUAUUCUUCGAUACACUGAGGGAAUGUUAUGAAGCGUAUGUCAUAUACAACUUCCUAGCGUUUCUGCUCAACUAUCUGAAAAGCGAAUAUCCUGACUUGGGACAUGUUAUUAGUCAAAAAUCUCCGGUGAAACACUUACCACCUUUUUGCUGCCUCAAUUCUUGGCCAAUGGGGAGGAAGUUCAUAGACCGUUGUCGCCACGGAGCUCUGCAGUAUACCGUCAUUCGUCCACUCACUACUGCAGUUGCACUAAUUUGUGAGUUAGUUGGUGUUUACGGUGAAGGCGAUUUCAGCUUUCACUAUGCAUUUUUGUAUUUGACUGUCAUAAACAAUAUUUCUCAAAUUUGGGCGCUUUAUUGUCUGGUAUUAUUUUAUCGAUGUGCUCGUCAAGAAUUGAGUCCUAUGAAACCGGUCGCUAAAUUUUUGUGCGUCAAGUUCGUCGUAUUCAUGUCAUUCUGGCAGUCUAUUCUAAUUGCUGUGCUGGCUGCUAGUGGUGUGAUACGAAAAGUUGAGGCUUGGAAGCUUUAUGAUGUUCAUUCAAUAGUAAUCGCUCUUCAAAAUUUUGCCAUAUGUAUCGAGAUGUUUAUAGCCGCAAUAGCGCAUCACUUCUCAUUCAGUAGUGUGUCUUAUAUUGACCCAAACUCUCAGUCAACGAAUUGUUGUCAGUCUUGGUGGUCUAUGUGGGAUUUAUCAGAUAUGCGACGUGAUGUUGUAGAACAUGUGAGACAUAUUGGUCAUAGCGUGAGACGUCUUGAUUUCUCUUCAGACCGACAACCAACUCAACGUUACAGUCUGUUGGUCCCUUGUCAAACAAAUCCAUCACGUGAAGGCACACCUAAUGAAAUUGCUUCUGACACCAUAAUUCUUUUCGAAAAUGAGUUUAGCCCUCUUCUAUGUCAAGAGGUCAGUUCAGAAGAAGGUGUAGACCAUAGUUCAGUUGAUGUUACUAAUUCCGGUGAACGUGUUUAAAACAAACAAUAGCCUAGUGAAUACUACUAUUCACAUAAUUCAAGAAUGUUAUGCAAUAAUUACGACAUUCAAUAAUGGGAUUUUUAUUCUUUCCACUUAAAUGUAUAAAAGUUUUGCUUUUGAUUACGAGAAACAGAUUCGAUGAUUUUAACAGUGUAAAUCCAGAAUGAGUGUAUUAUCGUAUUAUUUAUCUUUAUUUGUACUUGAAUUUUUAUUUGAAAGAAUUUUACUUGUAAUUAUCUUCAGAGCAAUAAUAAACCGAUACUUAUUA